AUGGCUGCUAACGGAUACGGACCUGCGCCUGUCACUGGACAUGUCGGCCGCAUCCCGAACUUUGGCAGAUCUCAGGUUAAUCCGAUGGGGGCAGUUGAACCACCAGCAUGUAUCCAGAAUGCUAUGAUGACGAAAGAUAAAAAACCCUUCACCUACACUCCAGGUGGAUUAGAUUUAUCUCAAAUUAAGACACCAAGUAUGGCUAGAAGAAUGGCUCGACAACGGUCUUUAGAAGAACAGGAGCAAGCAUAUGCUCAACAACCUAACAAUAACUAUCACCCGCAAGGAGGUCCUAUUCCACCCCCACCACCACCACCGAAAAUACCAGCACCUCCUCCCCCACCCCCUCUUAUCAUUGAAGCUCCGAAAGAAAAAUCUCAAAAACCAAUAGCACCAGGCGAGCGACCAGAAAUUGUUAUACCUGAAAAUCCCAUAGGCAUGUUGAGAAAAACUAAUAGUCCAUAUCAUUGGGAAGCAGAAAAAGCUGAGCUACAACGUAUCGGCCCUGUACCUAAAUUCGUUGAAAAAGUACCCAGUCCCUUAACUGUCAAGUUACCUUCACAUAAUGUUCCACAAAACUAUUCUUCCCCAAGUAAUGUACAAAGGCAAAAUUAUCCUUACCAAAAUCAAGCACCUGAGAGUCCUUUACAUAGGCCAGAGGCACAAUAUGCCCAUCAAAAAUCUAAUUCACCGAAUAUUAACGGUAUUCCUCAAACAAGAGAAAUGCUGGUACGACAGGACUCACAAUUUAAUAAAAGUCCUCAACCCUUUGCAAAUCAAUCACCUCAACAAACAAACAAUAGCAAUGCUCCGUUUUCACCUUCUCCUAAUAAUCACUGGAGGCAACCAGAUAGACGAGACUCUCCUUUGAGUAUUAACAAUAGUCCACAGUCACCACAAUUGAACCGUGGCCCAUUCUCACCUGCAGUGAAACAAACUGCUCCAAGUUACAAUCAAGCCCCUAAUAAUUCAGUAUUUCAUACUUUACCUAGGGCUGGUCAAAGAAAUCAAGAUAGCUAUCAUAAUAACCAACCAAUUUAUAAUAAUAUUACCUCGGAUAAUGCAAAAGAAACUCAAGGGUCUCCAAAUAUCGAAACAUCGAGUUCUCCUCCAUGGCGAACGAACACUCUAAACAGAUAUCAACGUGAAAAUCAACCAGCUAAUAAUUAUCAAAAUAUAAAUCAGCAGCAAGCAUACAGCCCUCCGUGGAAAGCAAAUGAAAGCAAUAAUAACCAAGCAGAAAAUAAUUUUAAUCCACCUUGGAAACAGGAAAGCAAAAAUAUUCCUAUACAGGUUCAUAAUCAACAACAAUAUUCUCCACCAUGGGGUUCUCACGACGCUAAUAAUAGAGCCCAAGACAGUGUACCUUGGAGAUCUCAAGAAAAUAAAUCAGCACCUUCCACGUCUCCCCCAGAAACCCGAUACCAAUCCUCGAUAUCUAUACCUGUGACACCAAGAAAACAAAAUUCUCAACCAGACUUUAAAAAUAGCCCUCAAAAAGAAGCGGUGUAUGUUAAUCAAGAGCCUGUAUAUUACUGCCCUGAAAGUCCUAAAUCGAUACCUCCAUGGGUUAAAACACAAAAAGAGAAAACUAAAACACCACCACCAGCAUGGUGUCAAAGACCAUUAGAUGGCAGGAAGAGUCAAUCAAGGGAACUAGCAACCCCUCCAAGAGAAACCAACCAAGAACCUGAAUGGGUGAGAAAAAGUAAUGAAAUGCAAAGGAAUGUUCGCGAUGUCAUAAGUCCGCCUAAGUAUCAACAGCCAGUUCAGCCAAACUGGUCAACACGACCUUCUGAAAAUAGGAAAAGUCUGCCGCGUGAGAACACACAGGGAAGAAUCAUCCCUAUACAGAUGGAGGUAUCGAGUACAGAAACAAGAAAUCAAGGAAGGCCAAGUAAUCAACAGCCGCAAUUAAGGAUUGUAAUCGAUAUGAAGCAAAAUCCCGAGGCUCAAAACAACGCACAGGUUCCAUUAUCUCAACCUACACAGCGUAUUAUGAGAGUGCUAUCACCGCAACUAGUCCGAAUGGACGAUGGUUACAAUCAGCCAGACUUGCCCACGUUAAACAGAACUUUCCAGAACAACCAGGACAGUCAGCCAAAGACGAGAAUAAUUCCGAUACAGAUUGAAGGCGGCAACGGUGGUGGGGCAAACAAAAGUGUAUACUACCACAGAUUUUCACAAGAAGGUUCGCCGCGGCAGUCCAAAGCUUUCAAAGUGUUGCAAGUGAUUACCGGCACUGGCGAUAAAAACAUGGAGAUUAGUAUGGAUAAUCGAGGAUACUCUGAUUUA